UGUGCGGCCAGCAUGAAGCUGAAAAAGCAGGUGACAGUUUGUGGGGCUGCUAUUUUCUGUGUGGCUGUGUUCUCACUGUACCUGAUGCUGGAUCGAGUCCAACACGAUCCCACGCGACACCAGAACGGCGGGAACUUCCCCCGGAGUCAGAUUUCUGUGCUGCAGAACCGCAUCGAGCAGCUGGAGCAGCUGUUGGAGGAGAACCACGAAAUCAUCAGCCACAUCAAGGACUCGGUGCUGGAGCUGACGGCCAAUGCUGAAGGCCCGCCCGCCCUGCUGCCCUACCACACGGCCAAUGGCUCCUGGGUGGUGCUCCCAGAGCCGCGGCCCAGCUUCCUCUCCAUCUCCCCCCAGGACUGCCAGUUUGCUUUGGGGGGUAGGGGCCAGAAGGCAGAGCUUCAGAUGCUGGCGGUGUCAGAGGAGCUGCCGUACGACAACGUGGACGGUGGGGUGUGGAGGCAGGGCUUCGACAUCUCCUACAGCCCCAGCGACUGGGACGCCGAGGACCUGCAGGUGUUUGUGGUGCCUCACUCGCACAACGACCCAGGCUGGAUCAAGACCUUCGACAAGUACUACACGGAGCAGACGCAGCACAUCCUCAACGGCAUGGUCUCCAAACUGCAGGAGGACCCGCGGCGGCGCUUCCUCUGGGCGGAAGUCUCCUUCUUCGCCAAGUGGUGGGGCAACAUCAGUGCCCAAAAGAGAGCCGCCGUGAGAAGACUGGUGGGAAACGGGCAGCUGGAGAUCGCAACGGGAGGCUGGGUGAUGCCGGAUGAGGCCAACUCGCACUACUUCGCGUUGAUCGACCAGCUCAUCGAGGGCCACCAGUGGCUGGAGAGGAACCUCGGUGCCACCCCGCGCUCUGGCUGGGCGGUGGACCCCUUUGGAUACAGCUCCACCAUGCCUUACCUGCUGCGCCGCGCCAACCUGACCAGCAUGCUGAUCCAGAGGGUGCACUACGCCAUCAAGAAGCGCUUUGCCGCCACCCACAGCCUGGAGUUCAUGUGGAGGCAGACAUGGGACCCGGAUUCCAGCACAGACAUCCUGUGCCACAUGAUGCCCUUCUACAGCUACGAUGUCCCCCACACCUGUGGCCCCGACCCCAAGAUUUGCUGCCAGUUUGACUUCAAACGCCUUCCUGGGGGCCGCAUCAACUGCCCAUGGAAGGUCCCACCCCGGGCCAUCACAGAGGCCAACGUGGCCGACAGGGCGGCGCUGCUCCUGGACCAGUACCGGAAGAAGUCCCAGCUGUUCCGCAGCAAGGUGCUGCUGGUGCCGCUGGGCGAUGAUUUCCGCUACGAUAAGCCCCAGGAGUGGGACGCGCAGUUCCUCAACUACCAGCGCCUCUUCGACUUCCUCAACAGCAAGCCCGAGCUCCACGUGCAGGCUCAGUUCGGCACCCUCUCUGAGUACUUCGACGCGCUGUACAAGAGGACGGGCGUGGAGCCUGGGGCCCGGCCGCCCGACUUCCCCACGCUGAGCGGCGAUUUCUUCUCCUAUGCCGACCGAGAGGACCACUACUGGACGGGCUACUACACUUCUCGGCCUUUCUACAAGAGCUUGGACCGUGUCCUGGAAGGCCACCUGCGGGGGGCAGAGAUUCUUCACAGCCUGGCUGCGGCUCACGCCCGCCGCGCCGGGCUGGCCGGGCAGUACCCGCUCUCCGACUUCGCCCUCCUGACGGAAGCGCGGCGCACGCUCGGACUCUUCCAGCACCAUGAUGCCAUCACCGGCACUGCCAAGGAAGCGGUGGUGGUGGACUACGGGGUCAGGCUGCUGCGCUCGCUGGUCGGCCUGAAGCAGGUCAUCAUGAACGCUGCUCACUACCUGGUGCUGGCAGACAAGGACACGUACCACGUUGACCCUGAGGCACCCUUCCUCCAAAUGGAUGACACCCGCCUAAGUCACGAUGCCCUACCCGAGCGCACUGUGGUCCAGCUGGGCUCCUCCCCAAGGUUCGUGGUGCUGUUUAACCCCCUGGAGCAGGAGCGGCUCAGUGUGGUGUCGGUGCUGGUGGACGCCCCCCGCGUGCGGGUCCUGACUGAGGAGGGCCAGCCGCUGGCCGCACAGAUCAGUGCGCACUGGAGCUCCACCACCGACAUGGUUCCCCACGUCUACCAGGUGUCUGUGCCCAUGCGCCUGCCUGCGCUGGGCCUGGGCGUGCUGCAGCUGCAGCCGGACGUGGAGGGGCUGCACACGCUGCCCUCCUCCGUGCUCGUGUACCUGCACGGCCUGAAGCUGGCCGUCAGCCGGCACGACGCCUUCCCCGUCCGUGUCAUGGACUCCAGCACCAGUGACUUUGCCAUCAGCAACCGCUACAUGCAGGUCUGGUUCUCAGGCCUCACCGGGCUCCUCAAGAGCAUCCGAAGGGUGGAUGAGGAGCAGGAACAGCGGGUGGACAUGAAGUUCCUCGUGUACGGCACCCGCACAUCCAAAGACAAGAGUGGGGCCUACCUCUUCCUGCCUGAUGGCGAGGCCAAGCCCUACACCCCCAAGAAGCCCCCUGUGCUGCGGGUGACAGAAGGUCCUUUCUUCUCGGAGGUAGUGACCAACUAUGAGCAUGUUCGCCAGGUCGUCAGGCUUUACAACCUGCCGGGGGUGGAGGGGCUGUCGCUGGAUAUGUCGUUCCUGGUGGACAUCCGGGACUAUGUGAACAAGGAGCUGGCCCUGCGCAUCCACACGGACAUUGAAAGCCAAGGCGCCUUCUUCACGGACCUCAAUGGCUUCCAGAUCCAGCCCCGGCGGUACCUAAAGAAGCUGCCCCUGCAGGCCAAUUUCUACCCCAUGCCGGUCAUGGCCUACAUCCAGGACGCGCAGAAACGCCUCACACUGCACACGGCCCAGGCCCUGGGUGUCUCCAGCCUCGGUGACGGACAGCUGGAGGUGAUCCUGGACCGGCGGCUAAUGCAGGAUGACAACCGGGGCCUAGGCCAGGGGCUGAAGGACAACAAGGUCACCUGCAACCACUUCCGCCUCCUGCUGGAGCGGCGCACCCGCGGCAGUGAGGUCCGAGACGAGCUCUCGAGCAGCUACCCAUCCCUCCUCAGCCACCUGACCUCCGCGUUCCUCAACACCCCGGUGCUCACACUGCCCGUGGCGGGGAGUCGGGUCUCCAGCCCCACGCUGCACCCCUUCCGUCCCCUGGCCUCUGCUCUGCCCUGCGACUUUCACCUGCUCAACUUGCGCACGCUCUCCGCAGAGGAGGACUCCCUGCCCUCGGAGGAUGCCGCCCUCAUCUUACACCGCAAGGGCUUUGACUGCGGCCUCGAGGCCAAGAACUUGGGCUUCAACUGCACUACGAGCCAAGGCAAGGUAGACCUGGGGGGCCUGUUCCAUGGCCUGAGUGUGCGCUUCCUCCAGCCGACCUCCCUGACGCUGCUCUACCCGCUGGCCGCCCCGUCCAACAGCACGGACGUGUACGUGGAGCCCAUGGAGGUCGCCACCUUCCGCCUCCGCCUGGGUUAGGCGCUGGGCCUGCAAGUUGCUCCCCAGAGACUGGGUCCGACCCCAAGGGGUGAUGUCCCAGCCCUGACAGACUGGGCUCCGCCCUCGUGCUGUUUAUUGCUUCUGUGUUUAGGGCAGAAAGGGCCAACACCAGUGACGUGCACAGAGGAGGUCCUGGGGCCGGCCGGGCGCUCCAAGCUCUGCCUUUGUGUUGGAGGCCGCCCAGGUGGGCCCAGGGCCAGGCACCCAGCCUUCCCCAGAACAGGCCCCAGAGAUGAGGGCAGAGGUCAGGAAGGCACGAGCGACUCCAGCCAGGAGAGCUAGCUCCCAGGGCCCUGUGCGACCUGCGGCAGUGGGGAAGGAGGAGGAAUCCCUGUUUCCCCAGGGCCCCAUGGCCUUUGCUUUUGUGAUGGCUGCCACUGGGUCUGCGUGCUCUGGCGUGGGCUUGCGAGAGGGACCAGACCCUGGGCCUUACCACCCCCAGGGGUGUUCCCUUACGCACACACGCCACCCCUAAGCCCCUCCCCAUGGGGCUUCAGUCCUGGCAAGAAAGUGAACCUUCAGGACCCACGGCCCCUGUGUGCGCCACCCACAGCUCUCACUGUCCGCAGCCCGGCUGGAAGCCUCCUGGGGCCUGUGGCGGCCCAGCCUGGGGGAGUAGAGAACAGUCGUAAUAGAGACCUGAGGAGAUGCUUCGUAAAAUCUGAGCUCACCCUUCAUGGAGACCUGGAGUAGACAGGCACACCCUAAUCUAGACAGGUCUGUCAGAAACGGGCGGGGAGGCACGAGGAAGCCUCCCACACCGCGGACGGGCUGCCCAGAGCUGCCGCCAGCGGCGGCCUGGCCCUCCUCACCACGUCAGGGGAGGAAGAGUCACAACUGCCACUGUAGAGCUGCCUCCCCAAUGCUUAAAAGAAUCACCUGCAGUCUGGUACACUGCUUAGUGCUGUCCACGCCCCUACAGAGCCCGGCGCUCUCCCCCAAACCGGCCCCUAAGGUCAGUGUAAUUCCAGCAAGCCUCGCGACUUCCGGGAUUCAGGUGUGAAGCUCGUGAGUCCUGAGACAGCGCUGCUGGCCAUGGUGAUGGGCUGGCUGGGCACCAGCGCUGCGCGAGGCACUGGUCCCUCCAGAUUCCCCAAAGUCUUGGAUUCAUUGUGGCAUUCCCAUUGCUCAGUGGCACCAGAAACAUCCAGGCACGUAGGAGUUUAAUGUGUGGUAAGUGUUUUUAAGUGGGGAAGAGAUGGAUUAUUUAACAAAUAGUACCUAGAGCCGGGCGCCAGUGGCCACACCUGUAACCCUAGCUGUUCAGGAAGCUAAGGUUCAUGGGUCAUAAUUUGAAGCCAGACUGGUCAGUAAAUUCCAUGAUUAACCAGUAAAAAUGCCAGACUGGAGACAGGGUUCAAGUGGGUAGCACACCAGCCAUGAAAAACCAACGAGAGUUCAAGCCUCUCUACCAGCACGGAAACAAAUGGUAGAAGGGAAAAAAAUAAGAGUAGAACAUUAUACAAGAAAAUACAAUUUCGCUGAUGCAAGAAGGUCUUUUCUAAGCAUAACAUGAAACCUAAGUGACACAGGAGAAAAUAAACACUACCACAGAGUCCAGGCCACAGUGUCAGCUAAGGACUCCCCACGGAGUCCCCGGCGCUGCCGGCUGCCGCCUGCACGUUCAGUGGCGGCUGGGCCCUGUGGACCGUGGGGACCAAAGCCUGACCUUCGUGCGGUGGGAGAGACCAUUGCCCCGCUGAGCCUGGGCCCUGGCAAGCAGGCAGCCU